CGGCUAAAGUUGGAGCUACCGAUAGCUUAGCAACAUCUUCUGGCGAAAGUGAAACCGACAGAGGGGGGAACACCCAGUCUGCGGCUUGUUCACUCGUCGCUAGCGUAAACAUUUGGGAUGUCGUAAAGUAAAAGUACUGUUUCUGUGUGAAAGUUCCGUGUUAGUUGCUGCAUUUGUUGCGACAUGCUAAUGCAGCUAGCUGGUUAGCUAUCCAGGAAGAGUUGAGACAUCACUGUUGGCUUCAGCCAACACAGAUAGCAAAGGAGCGAGCUGAGAGAGAGCUCCAGAUGCGGCUAAAGGAUCCCUUUUCUUUGAAAGCCGCCGACAUGACAAAGCGGACUAAUAAACCGCGGAAACCUCGAGAUGAGGAGUCAUCAGAUGAAGUCAGCGGAUUGACAUGCCAACAUGUUAACAAAGCAGUGGACCUGAACUCGGUGAAGAAGUCGGUCCUGUCGAGCGUGUGGUCGGUCUGCUCCGAGUGUCUGAGGGAGAGGACGAUGAUGGACGGCGAGCCGGCAGCGUCCCACGACAUCCUGGUCUGCCUCAAGUGUGGUUUUCAGGGCUGUAACCAAUCAGGAAUCCAGCAUGCCGUCAAGCAUCACCAGACUUUUCAUCCAGAGUCGCACUGUAUCACCAUCAGUCUGAACACAUGGAAGGCCUGGUGCUUUGAAUGUAACGAAGAGCUUUCUACACACUGCAACAAGAAGGCUUUGGCUCAGACUCUGGACUUUUUGCAGAAACAUUCCAUCAAGGCGACAUCAGCAGCAUCACCCAAGAUCAUCAAGCUGCGAGAAGAACCGACAGAUUACGCUGAAGCACAAAGAGGAAAGAAUCCAGCCAUCAACAGCACCUUGGUCCCUGUUAAGGGGAUAAUUAACCUUGGGAACACCUGCUUCUUCAAUGCUGUUAUGCAGAACCUGUCGCAGACGCACAUGCUCAUUGACCUGAUUCAGGAAGUGAAGGAGAAAGGAUACAAGCUGAAGAUCUGUCCGUCUGUCGAGACAAAUCUGAGUCAGCUGACUGUGGUUCUGUCCAGCCCCGACCCACUGACUGCAGCCAUGAUUCACUUCCUGCAGAGCAUGAAGGAGUCAGGGAAAGGCCCCGUCAACCCCAAAGUCCUCUUCAAUCAGCUCUGCCAGAAAGCUCCACGCUUCAAGGGCUACCAACAACAGGACAGCCAGGAACUUCUGCACUACUUACUGGACUCCAUAAGAGUAGAAGAAACUAAAAGAGUGAAAGCGGCUAUUUUAAAGGCAUUCAACAAUCCAACAGAGAAGACGGCAGACGAGGAGACCAAACGCCAAGUCAAAGCAUAUGGAAAAGAAGGUGUGAAGAUGACCUUUGUUGACCGGAUCUUCGUAGGCGAGCUUACCAACACGAUAAUGUGCGAAGAGUGCGAGCAUAUCUCAACAGUGAAGGAAGCCUUCAUAGACAUCUCUCUACCAAUCAUAGAGGAGAGGAUAUCAAAACCGUCCAACCCGGGUCGCCUGGGGAAGGGCAGCCGGGAGCAGGACAUCCACGCAGCCCACAGUGAGCAGGUUCUUUCAGCAGCGCACUCUGUCAACAAGAACUCCAGGAAGCUCAGCGGACCGAAACAACUCAACAGACGACCGUCCAGCUCCGUGGAGGAGAAGGGAGCGGCCUGCUGUGCCGAGCGGGGCGAAGAGGAGGCGAUUGCCGGCGGCUCAGCGCGCGGCGUCUCCGUGUGCAAGAUGGCGGCGGCGGGCAGCCUGUCAGACGGCAGCGAGAGAGAUUCUGGCGCCCAGGACAGCAGCAACGACGCCGACAGCGAGGCGUCCGAGAGCGAGUGGGCACCGCGCGGCGCCGCCUCCGGUCACGGCCACGCCUCCACCCCGUCAUCCACCUCCACCCUCACCCCUUCCCCCACGCCCGCCUCCUCCUCUUCCCCCGCGUCGUCGUCGGCUUCCGCUAAGCAGGGCGGCGCCGUGGAGCAGCUGGUCACCGCGGUUUCUAAAGUCAACCUGGGCUUCUCUUCUUCUCCGGGGGACAUGUCCGCGUCGGGUCACUGUCCCCCUGAGGAGCUGGGCGAUGGCCAGAGCCGAGACCAGCAACACCACUACCACCACCAGGGGGCGUUCCAGGCCCUGUCGCACAGUUACACUCCUACCUCCAAAGAGUGCUCCAUCCAGUCCUGCCUGCACCAGUUCACGUCGGUGGAGCUGCUGAUGGGCAACAACAAGCUGCUCUGUGAGAACUGCACCGAGCGCAGGCAGAAGCAGCUGCGCAAGAGCGGCGCUGCAGAUAAGAAAAUUGAGAAGAUUUACACCAGCGCCAGGAAACAGAUGCUGAUAUCCUUGCUGCCUCCUGUCAUCACGCUGCAUCUGAAACGCUUCCACCAGAUCUGGCUCCUUUCUGCUCUGCGUCCUGCAAGAACCUGGCUGCCGGCGAGCGCGUCCUCUACAGCCUGUACGGCAUCGUGGAACACAGCGGCUCAAUGCGGGGCGGCCACUACACCGCAUACGUCAAAGUGCGAGCCCCUCAGAGGAGAACGGAGCAGCGCCACAAGAACCUGUCAGGUGCAAAGGAGGCCGGCGGCAGCUCCCAGGGCCAGUGGGUGUACGUCAGCGACACCACCGUUCAGACUGUACCCGAGUCCAGAGUACUCAGCUCUCAGGCAUACCUGCUCUUCUACGAGGAAAUGCUGUGAUCCUCCGCAUCGCUCUGCUUCUUUUGAUCUAUUUUUGGUUUUAGAAAAAAAACAAAAAACAAACCUCAACACAGCUCCUCAUGCAGUUCGAAUACAGGAAGAGAAGAAGAAGAAGAAAAAAAAGGGAAGCGUCUAUCUUCUUAACUGGACAUUUUCAAACACGAAGAAUAUGCAAGGAAAAAGAGAAAAAGUAAAUGUCGACACCAUCUGGAUAUUACCUAGAAUUUCAUCUCAGAUCCUGAAUUCAAAUCUCCCGUCUCCUGGGAGCGCGCUUCAGAGAAAGACUUGGCGCUAGAUGGUAUUUCUAAUUAAUCUCGGCAAGUCUGAAUACCUUCCUGAAGGUAUAAAACGCAUGACGGAGUUUGCUACCGUAACGAACUAGCAACUAGCAGAAUCAAUGCAUGCCUACCCGCAGUCUGCACUGACUUGUUGAUGUCAAUACAUUGUGUGUCAGAAUGAAUGAUUGAAAGACAAAUGAAUGUAGCUGAAAGGUGCUACGACUAUCAGUUUGGGCAGUUACAGUAAAUAUAUCAAUAUAUUUCGUCUAUAGUGUCUGUGUUUAUGCUACUCUGAAUUACACGAUAAUAUUGCCAAGUUGCUCUUCCAAGAUCUGUUUGUCUGCAGCUUCUUUAACGUUGCCAUCGCUUGUAUCCCAUCAUGCACUUGCGAGAGGAGAAUCACUGUCUGGUAUGAGAUUAGCUGCAGCGCUAUUUCAAUUUUAAGGUCGCUGUGGGUUAUUAGGGCAUUUGUUAAAGAGUAGUUGUCAGAAGAACACAGGGUCCAAUUUUGCUUGUCAUUCAGUAAUCCUGGCAAAAUGGAAGAAAAUGUCACUUCUGUUACGCUAAUAGUCUCCGGUUUAUGCUUUGAAAAGUUCAAAACGACUUAAUCAGCAAUUUUACCUCAUAUUUAUUUUAAAAUACAAUUUUUGUUGCUUCAAAAAGUUGAUUAGAGGUAUGUGUGUGGCUGCGUUCAUCCCGCCUUGCGAAGCAAAACUUCACAUCGAGUCAUUAUGUGUUCAAUCAGCGGGGAAACGAAUGAAACAAAAUAAAAAAAGAGAAAUAAAGUUAAGUCUUCUUCCCUCUGAAACAACUUCUAUUCUGAAGGUUGUUCUUAAUUAGAGCGACCUGGUAACACUCAGGUGUGGGCCUAUUGCUCGCCACAUAUCGCCAUCUGAUUACCGAUUGGUCGAGCCUAAAGUUUGACGACUCCUCAUUUCUUGAUAUUUCUUUACGUCUUUUUUUUUCUUUCUGCUGUACAGCAAGGACAAAACAAUACAUUAUGAGACAGAAACAUAUCAAUGUAAGUUGUCCUUGUGUUGGUAAUAAUGAGAAACCUGCUAAUAUUACUAAAAACAAAUUGUAUUACCUUUUAAGAGCAGUUUCUCUUAAGUCUAUUUGCUUUUUAUUUCAUAGGAAUGCACAAAUGUCAGACUUUCGUGACCGAGUUUGCCAAAGACACAUUUUUGCAUCGGGUGUGGAGCUUGCUGUGACUAAAAGCACUCAAGCAGAAAUGAUGUGUUUUACAGAGCUGCAGAUGUUAUCUUCCUCCAUAAGAGCGAGCAAAAUUAAACACUCUUCAUAUCUAAAGAAAUCCACAAAGGCUGGUUUGGAGGGGAAAUGAAUGUAUUGCCUUAUUUUGGCGUCGGAGUACUGUUUUUGUUCUCGCUUGCUCGCCAGUCACUUGCCACCAAUGUAUGAAGAGCGAUCAGACUAUCGGGUCACGACCUUCAGUUUAAAGAAAAAAAGGAUGAAUUCAGUGCCUCUGCCUUCAUAUUAACAAACGUGCGCGCGAUGAGAAUAAAAUACUUGCAGAGUAAAUUAAACAGGGAUGUGUGUGUGUGUUUUAUUUAUUUACAGUGUGUAGAAUUUUCUGUCGGCAGAAACGGCACAAAAUGUGUGUAAUUUGUAUAAAAGAGAGAUGGUACAAAAACUCAUGGUGCUUUAGGGGUGAAAGAUCCCCAACCCCCCCCCAUUUGAAUUGAAAGUAAGAAAAACUGAAGUCCUGUAACUCUUCAAUGAACCUUCUGGAAUCAGUAUAAAACUCAUUGUAUGGAAAUAAACCUGAUUUAUGAACUG